AGAAGGUCAGUUUGGAGCUCGGAGGUCGACGCUCUCUGGAGGCAAGAUGACAGUUCUUAUAUUUGUUACUUUGUGGGUCACCUUUGCUGUUGGAAAAUCAGUGAGUCGUUGUCCAGUAGGAAACGCUGUUUAUGAGGAAGGACAAGUCUGGAGUGAUAAUGAGGAAUGUUUAGGCCAUACAUGCUUAGGGAAUAAUACAUACAAUACUACAGAGUGUAAGGAUGUAUUGAAUGAAAAUGUAGAAGACUGGAAAGUGAAAGUAGGAAAGAAUCCGCAAGCCUUUCCAUCGUGCUGCUCAAACAUGACUUCAAACGAAGAAUUAAAGCCGUGCGAAGUAGAUGGCAAAAUAGUGAACAUUGGAGAGCAGCACAACUUCAAAGGGCAGUGUUUCCAGUACAUCUGUCUUGGAAACGAACAUUGGUCCGUUGGGGCAUGUGCCCUCGAGGGGUCUCCAGCAGGUUGGACGUUUAUCAUGGAUAACUCCAAGCCGUACCCGGAAUGCUGCGGCAGAGUAGUCCCUCUGCUUAACGUCACUCCAGACGUUCUGGACAAAUUAAACCACAUGUUCUAUCUAGACAUUACCUACCACUCUGACUUCGGUGUUGCGACAUUCGACACCAUCAACUUCAUCUUCCAUGCAGACCAGGGCAACGUGCUGUCACCGUUGUAUGUAAAGAAGGAGCCGGUAGUAAACUACACGGCAGACCCUGCUGAUCUAUACCUUCUAGUAAUGUUGGAUCCAGAUUUCUCUACCCAGGAUAAGGAUAAGCAGUUUCUCCAUUGGUUAGUGAGUAAUAUCCCAGGGAGCAACGUAACUUCAGGAGAUGUCCUCGUACGCUAUCUGCGACCUUGGCCUGCCCGAGAUAGUGGCACUCAUAGAUAUUUCUUUUUCAUCUACAAGCAACUCGGUGAACUGACACGUAAGGAGAUACAAUUGGAUACACUUAAGCAAAGAGAAACGUUUUCUCUAAGAGAAUUUUCUAAGCGCUACAACUUGACAGAUCCAAUUGGGAUGAACGUGUUUCAAUCUAGAUGGCAUUUGGAGUUGAAGGAUUUUGAAAACAACAGUUCGAAACCUACAAAUUAAACCAUUUCUUGUAAUUGCAAUAAAUAAUAUUUUUAUAUGAUUGUUCAUUUUAA